CUCCGAGCCGCCUGGCACAGCCAGACAGGGGGCGUGGCUGGGUCGCCGCGGGAAAGGCGGCCCCUCUAGCCGGCACUUCCGCGUUCUCCGUGGCUGUGGAGGACCCAGGCGCUGCUGCAGACCCCAGAGUUUCUCUUCCCCCUACGGCCCUACCCCCCCCCCCCCAGGAGCCGCCAGCCCCUCGCAGCCCCGCCCCGGAGCGGCAGCGGGGGCGUUCACUGGGCUGGGGGGGGGUCUGACGUCUUGUCUGUAUGGUCACACUCAGCGGAUCUCCCCCAGAUCUUCUCCUGUGUGAGCCCUCGGCCUGGGGCUGAAGGAUGAACUCUAAGUAUGUGCUGUUGGGAGGCCUGUACUUCGUCCAAGGGAUGCCAUAUGGGCUACAGUCCGGCCUGCUGCCCAUCUAUCUCCGCAGUGUGGGCCUCUCCUUCAGCAAGAUCAGCUUGGCCAAAAUGCUCUACCUGCCCUGGAUCCUCAAGAUGCUGUGGGCUCCUUUAGUGGAUCAGUACCGCACCAAGCAGACCUGGCUGGUGCUCAGCAUGUCAGGACUAGUGCUGGCCUGCCUAGCAUGUGCCACUAUGUCGCCAGAGACCAACUUCCUGCCCGUCGCUGCCAUGCUGCUGCUCAUGAACUUCUUUGCUUCUGUCCAGGACAUCGCAGUGGACGGAGUAGCCAUUGGGCUCCUGUGGCAGGACGAGAUAGGGUACGGCAACACCAUCCAAGUGGUGGCUUACAAACUGGGCUCCAUGCUGGCAGGAGGAGGCCUCCUGACCUUGAUGCACCUAUUGGGCUGGGGGGUUCUCUUCUUGCUUCUGGCCAUCAUUUAUCUUCUGGCCAUACUGUAUGUGUGGAGUGCUCCGGAACUGCAGCUCACGCUAGGACGGCCUUCCCAGGAUGGCCAGCCCCGGACAAGAACCUUCAACCCUUGGAGAAUUCUCCAGGAGCUCCUCCGUGUGCCGGGCACCCUUUGGACCACCGGCUUUGUCCUUCUCUACAAGCUUGGUGAGCAAGGCACCACCACCAUGUUCCCACUCUUCCUGCUGGACCAUGGAUUCUCCACCCAGCAACUUGGCUUCUGGAAUGGAGUGGUAGCCAUGGUCUUCUCCAUCACAGGUUCCUCACUGGGUGGCCAGCUGAUGUCCAAGCAGAGGCAGCCACUGUCUCUGCUGAAGGCUCUCUUACUGCUCCGCUUCUGCAGCCUGAACUUACAGACCUUUUUGGUCUUCAUCUACGAUGAUGGAGUCUCUCUCUUCAAAGGGGCUGCGAUCCUGAGUAUCUGUGUCCAGCACUUCAUUGGAGGGCUGAUCACCACCCUGGCUUUCAGCAUCAUGAUGCAGUGCACGCAGAGGGCGGAUGGCAGCAUACAGUGCAAGAAUGGAGUUUCUCUGGCAUCUACUAAUGGUGAUCGGGAUCCUGGCAGGGACUGGAGUGUCUCAGGAAUGCACCGCACAACCAGGGGGUGCGGGACCAUCACCGACACCAGACUGGGAUCCGUCAGCACCAUCUCCUGCAACGGGCUGAAGGGCCGCUACGUCACCAUCAUCAUCCCAGGCAGGAGGGGGAUUCUCACUCUGUGUGAGGUUGAGGUCAUAGCUCAGGGCUGUCCCCUAUCACCAGUGGCUCAGAACUUGGCGCUGGGACGCCCGGCCACUCAGUCCUCCAGUCUCAAGGAAUACGGGCCUGUAAAAGCCGGGGCCGGGAACGCCGUGGAUGGAAAAUGCGAUGGGAUUUUGGACGAUGACUCCUGCACCCACACCAAGCAGGAGACAGAGCCGUGGUGGAACGUGGACUUGGACUGUCGGCAUUCUGUCUCCACGGUGAUCGUGAAGAACAGGGAGGACAGCUGUGGGGAGAGAAUCAAGGGGGCCCAGAUCCACGUGGGAGACUCCAAGGCUGGCCAUGGCAAGGACGACCCCAUCUGCGGGACCAUCACCGACACCGCACCAGGAUCCCUCAGCAACAUCUCCUGUAAAGGGAUGGAGGGCCGUUACGUCACCAUCACCAUCCCGGACAGGGAGGAGUAUCUCACCCUGUGUGAGGUCGAGGUCUACGGCACCCCCGUGGGUGCCUGCUAGGAAGCAGGAGUGACACAGUCCAGGGUGAGGGGAAGCAUGGGGGCAGGAGAAGAGGGAGGUUGGUGCAGAAAUGAGCCGCUUUCACCUGAUAAACUCCAUUGGUCCCUUCCUGCGUCUCUCCUGUCAUUUGUCUCCAUCCCGCGCCAUUCUGGCCAUGUCUCCCCUCCCCUUCCCUGCCCCUACAGCAAGGUGGUUCUGAUCCCACAUGAGCCAUGGGGGCCUCAGCUCCAAACCCCAGAUGGCUUUGGGUUAAUCCAGCUCUUCUGCUGCUGCUUCCGGCCCUUCCCUCCUCCCAGUGCCCAUUCCCCAGCUUGCUCACCCCCUAAGUACAACCCGCUCUCUGGCUCCCCUGCCCCUUCUCCCAACCUGGGGCUGAGGCACCUGUUCUCCAUUCCCACAUCAACCCAACGCUCCUUAACAGCUCUCCCCACAACUCCAGCUGCCCUGCUGUCGUUGCUAGUCCUGGGCCAUCAGCAGAGCGGGACUGGCUUUGGCCUGCCCAUCCACGAACUCUGCAGCUGCUUGGCCCCUUCUGGGACGCCUCUGACCCUGAGGAGCCCCAGGAGGUUGGAAGAGCAGAGCUGACAGCUGACAUGGGGCCAGAUUCCCGGCAGGUGCAAUUGGGCACAACUCUGCUGUGCAGCCGCUUAUGCCAGGGCUGAAUUUCACCCAUAUAUCGUGCACAGUAAACGUGAGCCAGGCAGUGGCAACAAAGCGGUGUCCAGCCCCGAGCCUGGGCAGCAAGGUGACUAUUAAUGUGUGGAGGAGUGCGGCCAAGUUCCCGUCGUAACAGUUUGAUGUACGUCUGCUGUCAUCAUCCUGGUGUCCUCCCCCACGGCUCGGCCGAUGCCCCUCAAUCCUGCCCCCCAGCCUCCUGCUAUCCCAGAGAGCCGUGUUUGCUGAGCAGACCCAGACAUUCGUGGCACUUUGUAUUGUGACUCUGCUGUGGGCAAAUGGCCAAAGGAGACAUUGACUUUCUGUAGACUCAUAGGCUUAAAGGUCAGAAGGGACCAGCAUGAUCAUCUAGUCUGACAUUCUGCACAUUGCAGGCCACAGACCCUCACCCACCCACUCCUGUAACAAACCCCUAACCUCUGGCUGAGUUACUGACAUCCUCACAUCAUGAUCUGAAGACAACACCUUACAGAAAAUCCACCAUUUACACUUGUUUAAACCUGCAAGUGACCCAUGCCCUAUGCUGCAGAGAAAGGUGAAAAAUCCCCAGGGUCUCUGCCAAUAUGACUCAGGGGAAAAUUCCUUCCCAAUCCCAAAUAUGGCCAGUUAGACCCUGAGCAUGUGGGCAAGACCCACCAGACAGACACCUGGGAAAGAAUCUCUGUCAUUGUAACUCAGAGCCCUCCCCGGCUAGCAUCCCAUCACCAGCCGUUGGAGGUAUUUGCUGCUAGCAGUCGCAGAUCGGCGACACGCCAUUGCAGGCAGUCCUAUCCUACCAUCCCCUCCAUAAACGUAUGAAGCGCAGCCUUGAAGCCAGUUAGGUUUUUUUACCCUGACUGCUCCCCUUGGGAGGCUGCUCCAGAACUUCACUCCUCUGAUGGUUAGAAACCUUCGUCUAAUUUCAAGCCUAAACUUGUUGCUGGCCAGUUUAUAUCCCUUUGGUCUUGUGUCCACAUUGGUGCUUAACAUAAAUAACUCCUCUCCCUCCCUGGUAUUUAUCCCUCUGAUGUAUUUACAGAGAGCAAGCAGAUCUCCCCUCAGCCUUCUUUUGGUUCGGCUAAACAAGCCAAGCUCUUGAGUCUCCUCUCAUAAGACAGGUUUGCCAUUCCUCGGAUCAUCCUAGUAGCCCUUCUCUGCACCUGUUCCAGUUUGAAUUCAUCCUUCUUAAAUGUGGGAGACCAGAGCUGCACACAGUGUUGCAGAUGAGGGCUCACCAGUGCCUUGUAUAAUGUACUAACACUUCCCUGUCUCUACUGAAAACACCUCGCCUGAUACAUCCUCGGACUGCAUUCUCCUUUUUCAUGGUCGCCUCACAUUGGCAGCUCAUAGUCAUCCUGUGAUCAACUCAGGUCUUUCCCCUCCUCUGUCACUUCCAACUGAUAAGCUUAUAGCAAAAAUUCUUGUUCGUCCCUAAGUGCCUGACCUUGCAUGUUGCACUAUUAAAUUUCAUCCUAUUGCUAUUA